UAUCAUUCUCUUCCUACAGAAAAAGAAAAUAAAAUUGAGUAGAAAAUUUGAGCUCCACUACUUGCUGCCGCGACGCUCUCUCCUCUUCCCCACUCCGCCGAUCACAACUCAGAGCCACCACUUGCUUUUCUUCCUCGCUCCAAAUCCCCAAUUUUCUUCGACAUAUCUAACAUAUCCUUCCAUCAAUCUCACCUCCGAUCCGUCGCCAUCGACCUAUUCAUUCAUCCACGGAUAAGCACCUCCGAUUGUGAAGCUCCAACGGGGAGCGUCGCCGGCGAUGCUUUGCUCCGGCCGCAUGCUAGCCUGCAGCGGCCUGAGCCCGGGGAGGCUCCGACCGCCGCGCGCCUACGCUGACCGGCUGCGUCCCCCGCUCCCCGCCCGCAGGUGGCGCGUCGCCGCCUCCGCCGCGGCUCCCGGCGGUUCCCCCGACCUGCCGUCGUCGUCGUCGACACCCCCGCCGUUUGGUGCCGGGGACGACCAGGCCGCGGCCGCUGCCGCCUCCUCCUCCUCAGGGUUUUGCAUCAUUGAAGGGCCUGAGACAGUUCAAGAUUUUGAUAAGCUAGAUUUGCAGGAGAUUCUUGAUAAUAUCAGGAGCCGCCGGAACAAGAUUUUCUUGCAUAUGGAGGAGAUUCGCAGAUUGAGAAUACAACAAAGAAUAAAAAAUGCUGAACUUGGAAUCUCAAUUGAAGAGCCUGAAGGAGAACUCCCAGAUUUUCCAUCAUUCAUCCCGUUUUUGCCUCCCCUGAGUGCAGCUAAUCUGAAGGUCUACUAUGCUACAUGUUUCUCACUCAUUGCUGCAAUAAUGGUCUUUGGUGGAUUUCUUGCACCAAUUCUGGAACUUAAACUUGGUAUAGGAGGCACAUCUUAUGCAGAUUUCAUCCGAAAUGUUCAUUUGCCUAUGCAACUGAGCCAGGUAGAUCCUAUUGUGGCAUCCUUCUCAGGUGGAGCAGUCGGAGUUAUCUCCGCCCUAAUGGUUGUUGAGAUAAACAAUGUCAAGCAACAGGAGCAUAAACGGUGCAAGUAUUGUUUAGGAACUGGGUAUCUGGCUUGUGCCCGCUGUUCAAGCACGGGAGCUGUUGUGCUUACUGAGCCUGUUUCGACAUUCAGUGAUGGUGAUCAACCUUUAUCAGCACCAAAAACCGAGAGAUGUCCAAAUUGCUCUGGUGCAGGAAAGGUGAUGUGCCCCACGUGCCUCUGUACAGGGAUGGCAAUGGCAAGUGAGCAUGAUCCCCGAAUCGACCCAUUUGAUUAAAGGCAUAUAUCAGUUCAGGAAUUCUUGUAUCGCUAUGUAAGGUGUUGUUUGUAGAUAAAAGUAUGGACCGGCAUGUCAGGGGUUCAAGGCCUAUAAUCAUGAAUAGGGACUAUUUGUAUACUAGUGAAUCUGAGUAGACUACUACAGGAAUCUGUAACAUUAGUACCAAUACCCAUCGUGUGUACCGAUCAGUCUCUUGAACUGAACGAUGCAGGAGUGUAUGUUUGCCAAAUCAAAUAAACCGUGUCAGUGUGUAGUAUACCUUUGUACCAAACAAUUCAAUCUCAUCAAUUAGAGCUCCUUUGAUUAAA